AUGUCUGGAUAUGGUCAAGAUGGGGGAUUCAGUGGACCUUUGAAACCCAUGACAUUUUCUAUAUUUGAAGGAGAAGAAAAAAGCAACCAAAUUAUAUUUCAGUUUAAGUCUGAUGCUCCCAAUGUGAAAUUUCAAUUAAGUGGUGAGACAGAUGAUACUUUUUAUAUCCAUCCAGAUGGAAUAUUAUAUUAUUCUGGAAUCCUGGAUAGAGAAAAGAAAGCUGUCCAUAAACUCCAGGUAGAAGUCUUGGAUGCUGGAGGGAGACGAAUAGAAGGCCCAGUUCCUAUCACGAUUGAAAUUAAGGAUAUUAAUGACAACCGUCCCAUCUUUCUCCAAAAAAAUUACAAUGGAAGUGUAAGGCAGGGUUCACGUCCAGGAAAACCUUUCAUGUAUGUCAACGCUACAGACCAGGAUGAUCCUGCCACUCCCCAUGCCAAACUUUUUUAUCGAAUUGCUGUCCAGCUUCCCAAGAUAAACAAUGUGAUGUAUUUUCAGAUAAAUAACCAAACAGGUGGAAUCUCCCUUACCCUAGAAGGAUCAAAGGAAUUAGAUCCAUUUAAGAAUGCACAUUAUGACCUGGUAGUUUCUGUGAUGGAUAUGGGAGGUCAGUCAGAAAAUUCUUUCAGUGAUACCGGAUCUGUGAAUAUUGUUGUGGAAGAAAACAUUUGGAAAGCACCAGGCCUUGUCACCAUUAAGGAAAAUUCUACUGAGCCUCAUCCUCUCCCAAUUACUCAGGUGCAAUGGAAUGAACCCGGGGCUCACUAUUCCUUAGUUGAAAAGGAGAAACUACUUCGAUUCCCAUUUUCCAUUGAUGAUAAUGGAACUAUUUAUGUGACUCAACCCUUGGAUAGAGAAGAAAAGGAAUCGUAUGUCUUCUAUGCAGCUGCAAAGGAAGAUAAUGGACAGUUACUAGCAAAACCACUGGAAAUUCAUGUUGAAGUUGAAGACAUUAAUGACAAUCCCCCUAUUUGCCCUGCUUCAGAGACAAUAUUUGAAGUCCAGGAGAAUGAGAAAAUAGGUAGCAACAUUGGAGUUUUCUAUGCCUAUGACAUGGAUCAAAAUGGCACUUUAAAUAGUUUUUUACAGUACAAAAUUGUGGAUCAGAGUCCUUUGUUUCCAAGUAAUGAUCUCUUUCUUAUACAACCGGUUGAUGGAAUUAUCCAGCUAGCCAAAACAUCUUUAAGAAAGCAAGACACACCUCAGUAUCAUUUGAAAGUGCAAGUGUCAGAUCGAGCUUUCACAACAAUCUGUGAUGUGACAAUAAACGUUAUUGAUAUCAAUGACCAGAUCCCCAUUUUUGAAAAAAAUGAUUAUGGCAAUCUUACUAUUGAUGAAAACAUUGCUGUUGGAACAACAAUUCUCACCAUCCAGGCCACAGAUGCAGAUGAACCAUUUACUGGGAGUUCCAAAAUCUUAUAUACCUUUACUAAUGAAGACUUUGAUGGAAAACUUGUGAUUGACACUGAUCCCAUUACCAAUGCAGGAUAUGUCAAGAUAAAUAAGCCUCUUGAUUUUGAAAAGAUGCCAGUGUACAAUCUCAUAAUCAAAGCUGAAAAUCCUGAGCCACUUGUUCAGAAUGUACGUUACAAUGAAAGUUCCUAUGCAAAAUUUAUUCUUAUGGUGUCAGAUGUCAAUGAAGCUCCUGUAUUCUCCCAGGCAUUGUACCAAGCACAAAUAUCUGAAAAUGCUGAAAUAAACACCAAACUGAUUACAAUAAAUGCCACUGAUCCUGAGGGAGAGGCAAUAAGUUACUCCUUGAGUGGGGACACCCGAGGCUGGCUGAGAAUUGAUGGAGUCACUGGUGAGAUCUUUACCAUGAGAUCCUUGGACAGAGAAACUGAAAAAUAUUAUCAAGUGAAAGUAAUAGCCACUGAGAAAGGUGGAUCCCAUCUGACUUCCUCAGUAUAUUUCCACUUAGCCCUUCUGGAUGUAAAUGACAACCCUCCUCGAUUAGUGAAAGACUACACUGGUUUAUUCUUUUGCUAUCCACUUUCUAAACCAGGAAGUCUCAUUAUCGAAGCUACUGAUGAUGAUCAGCAACCAGCUUGGGGUCCACGAUUUGAUUUUUCCCUUGGCAAUACCAAGUUGCAAAAUGAUUGGGAAAUUUCCAAAAUCAAUGGCAGCCAUGCUAAAGUUUCCAUAAAACAUACAAAUUUCGAAGAGAAAGUAUAUGAAGUUUCAGUAAAAAUUAAUGAUGGUGGAAAACCACCCUUAGAAAACACUGUCUCUUUCCCAGUCACUAUGUGCAAGUGUGCUAGUGAUGGAUGGUGCUACCAGGAACCAGAUUCUUUUUCUGGGAUGCCCACCGUGGCCAUGGCAGUUGGAACAUUCCUAGUAACGUUCUUGGUCAUUGGUGUGAUUUUAGCAGCUACAUUUAUCCAUUUGAAGAAAAAGAAUAAAACCAAUUCUGAACUUGCUCAGUCACCUGAAAAUGUACCACUAAGGACAUGAUUUUGGAGGAUGGAUUUUUAGUCUAACUACAAGAUGUAUAUUUUACCAUCAUGACUUUUUAUUUCACCAUUGUAUUUUUGGAAAAAUGCAAACAUUUAGGUCUAUAUCUAUUCUUUCAGAUUUUUGACAGAAAUUUCCUCUCACCCAAUCUUUACUUACUUUAAAAAUAUUAUACAUGCACAUACUUUCCAUUCUUCCAUAACAUAUGCUGCUUCUGUAUUGCCUUUUCUUAUUUAUCCAAGAGCACUUAGACCCAAGAGGUCUGGCUCUAUAGUCGAAAGAGUACAAAGUUGAGUCAGGAAGAGAUGGUUCAAAUAUUGCCUCUAGCACAAAGCAGUUUAGAUGACAAUGAUCAAGGCAAUUCCCACCUUGAAAAAAAUCACAGAUCCUCAAUUAUUUAUAAUCAGGACCUGAAAAUUGCCAUUUUAUUUAAUACCAUUGUAGAAAACAAUACAAUAUCUCCCUCCCUCCUUCCCUCUCCUUCUC